AUGGCUGCAGCCACACAGGUCCAGGAUAUGGUCCUGGGAAAAGAGCAGGUGAUAAAUGAUGUUCCCAAAGUGAUCAAGGAAAUCCAAUUUGGCGUCUUCUCGGAUCAAGAUAUAAUCAACCAGUCUGCCGUUGAACUCGUCGACCGCCGCCUGUUCGAUCUCGACAAGACACGCUCGGAUGGAACUCGUGCUAUCGCUGAAUACGGGCCUCUUGAUAGGCGCAUGGGCGUUUCGUCGAAGCAGAACACAUGCGAAACCUGCGGACAACAUCUGCAAGAGUGCAAUGGUCACUUUGGCCAUGUCCGACUGGUCCUUCCUGUUUACCACGUCGGAUACUUCAGAAAAGACUGUUCCUGCAUUCUCCUCUCCGAAGCCGACCGCCGAAAAUUCCUGAGCGCAAUCCGCAGAUCACAAAAUGAUAGCUUGAAACAGGCUGCUAUUGUCAGACGGGUUGCAGAUCAAUGCAAGAAGACGAAAGUGUGCUUCGAAUGCGGCGCCGUCAAUGGCUUGGUUCGGAAAGCGACGACGCAUUCUCUCAAGAUAACUCACGACAAAUUCAAGUCCUAUAAUGCCUCCACCUCCGCGAAAAAGGUACCGCCGCCUGAAAAGGUCGCUUUUGACAAAUCUUUCGAGAGCGCCAAGCUUGCCAACUCGGAACUCGAGAAGCAUCUUAAGAAGGCAAUGGAUGAUUUGACCCCGCUUCGAGCUCUGCGUCUGUUCAAACGAAUCCGUCGUACCGAUCGUGAAUUGCUCGGACUCUUUUCCGCGAAACCAGAAUCUUUUCUUUGGACAUAUGUCCCUGCUCCUCCUGCGUGUAUCCGACCGUCGGUAGGACAAGAGGCUUCAAGCACCGAAGACGACAUCACCGCUAAGCUCGGGGAUAUUGUCGCUGCGAAUGAUGCGUUGCGCGAAACUCUUGAGAAGGGGUUGCCCUCCUCGCAGAUCAUGGAACACUGGGAUUAUUUGUCCCUCCAACUGGCGAUGUACAUCAACAGUGACGUACCCGGUCUAGCAAAAGGGGAAUUUGGCAAACAGAUCAGGGGGUUCGUCCAACGUCUCAAAGGCAAGCAAGGACGCUUUCGAGGCAACCUUUCCGGCAAACGAGUCGAUUUCUCGGCGCGGACGGUCAUCUCCCCUGACCCUAACCUGCGCAUCGAUGAAGUCGCAGUCCCCAUCUUAGUGGCAAAAAACAUGACGUACCCAGAAGUGGUCAACGAGCUCAACAUUGAGAAGUUACGACAACGAGUACGCAACGGACCCAAUGUCUGGCCAGGAGCCAACCAUGUGAUUAAGAAGGAAGGGUUCAAGAAUUCUUUGAAGUACAACACCCAUCUCACGGCGAAUCAUCUGAAGGAAGGCGACAUCGUUGAACGCCAUCUUGAAGAUGGCGAUGUGGUUUUGUUCAACCGCCAGCCUUCGCUGCACAAACUCAGUAUCCUUAGCCAUUUCGUCAAGGUUCGACCCCAUCGGACAUUUCGAUUGAACGAGUGUGUCUGCAACCCUUACAAUGCCGAUUUUGAUGGAGACGAAAUGAAUCUCCACGUCCCCCAGACAGAAGAAGCGCGGACGGAAGCAAUGCUUUUGAUGGGCGUCAAGCACAACAUUGUGACCCCCAAAAAUGGCGAGCCGAUUAUAUCGGCAAUUCAGGACUUUAUCACCGCGUCGUUCCUGCUGAGCAGCCUGGAUCAGUUCUUCGAUAAGAAAACAUUCGUGACGAUGUGCUGUGGGAUGCUGGAGCCUGAGACAAAAUUUGACCUUCCUCCCCCUGCAAUCAUCAAGCCUCAGACACUUUGGACGGGCAAGCAGGUUUUCAGUGUCUUGAUGCGUCCGAACAAGGAGUCGCACGUGAGAGUCAAUCUUGACGCUGCCUGCCGAGACCACAAUCAAUACCACCCUGGCCUACAUCGAGACCUUCAGGAUGAUAGUUUCUUAUGUAUCCGCAAUUCAGAGGUGCUUUGCGGUCGGAUGGACAAGUCAACAGUCGGAUCAGGAAAGAAGAACUCAAUCUUCUACAUUCUAUACCGUGAUUUCGGACCUGAUGCUGCCGCUCAAGGGAUGAACCGCCUUUCGAAACUCUGCGCCAGGUGGCUGGGCAAUCAAGGCUUCACUGUUGGUAUCAGUGAUGUUACACCGCCUGAAAAGCUCGUCAAAGAAAAGGCCGAUAUGAUAGCCAAAGUGUUCGACGAGUGUAGCUCUUUUGCCCGCGACUCAAAGGCGGGUAAGCUGAAGCGCAAGGCCGGUUUGGACGAUGCAGGCACCCUCGAAGCAGAACAGAUCCGAGUGUUGAGUACGGUUCGAACCAACAUCGCCGGAAUUCUAACAUCCCAGCUCAGUAAAAACAACACCCCAAUGGUCAUGGCCGUCUCUGGCUCCAAGGGCUCGAACAUCAACGUGGCGCAGAUGGCAGCCCUUCUAGGACAACAAGAUAUUGAAGGAAAGCGUGUCGCCGAUGGUUUCCAGGACCGUACAUUACCGCAUUUCUUGAAACAUGAACGAUCUCCUCCCUCAAAAGGUUUCGUUUCGAACAGCUUCUUCAGCGGUCUACUCCCUUACGAGUUUUUGUUCCAUGCUGUUGGAGGUCGGGUUGGUCUUGUGGAUACUGCGGUCAAAACAGCAGAAACCGGAUAUAUGUCAAGGCGACUGAUGAAGUCUCUCGAGGAUCUUUCAACAAAUUACGAUCGCACGGUCCGCAACUCCGCUUCCAACAUUGUACAGUUUCGUUUUGGGGAUGACGAUCUCGACCCUGUCGAUAUGGAGGCAAGUGCUAAACCGGUCGACUUCGAACGCACCUACGCUCAUGUCGAGGCAACUACCUUUGAUAUGAAGGACCAAGGCCUGAAGGAUACCGAAAUCUUCAAUGUCAUGGAAGAGAUGCUGUCAACAAAGAGAGACCUGCUGACAAGAGUCGGGCUCAAUAGUGUCGAGCUUCGAUAUGAUGCUGAUGACGAUAAACUGGUCGACCAAAAUGAGAGCAAUCGAGCAUUCCUACAAUCGAUCCAUGACUUUGUCAUGGCAAAGUGCCACGCCUUUAAUGAGGCGAGGGCGGAAAAACAGCGGUUUGCACUGCCACCCUCUGGAACGGGCUCUAGCGGAAAGCGAAAAGCUGAAGCCGAGCCAGACGACGCGGGCGAGGAAGGACCUGCUCAGAAACGACGUACGGGCAGAAAAGGCGCAAUUCCUACCACGUCAAAAGUUUCGAAGAACCAAAGGCCCGUCCCAGCAGAGGAUCGCAUGCGAACGAAGCCGUCUCCGUCCACGAAAGAUCGCUUUGAGCUCACGUCUAAGCUUUCUAGAAAGACGCUGGAAGCGUUUGUGAACCUCUGCUUGGAGAAAUAUGAGCGAGCACGUGUAGAACCCGGGCACGCGGUCGGGGCUGUGGGUGCACAGUCCAUAGGAGAACCAGGAACCCAAAUGACGCUGAAAACUUUCCAUUUCGCCGGUGUCGCUGGCAUGAGUUUGACAGCAGGUGUUCCCCGAAUUAAGGAAAUCAUCAAUGCCUCGAGGGAGAUCAGUACUCCCGUCAUCACUUGCCGGUUAGAGCGCCGAAGAGAUCUGUCCAUACCCGAAGGCCUUGCCCGCAUCGUCAAAGGCCGGAUCGAAAAUCUGUUUCUGGCAGACGUAACGUCUUAUAUCGAAAUCCACCACUUUUUAGACCGACCAAGUUGCAUCGACCUCCAAAUCUCAUUGGACACGAUUACCGAGCUGGGUCUCGAUCUCACUGUGGAGGACAUCGUAACUGCCAUCCAAAAACAUCGACAACUCAAAUCUGCCAAACUGAGGAUCGAAUUUCGCGGCAAAGAUAAGCUCAGGAUACUCACAGAUUUUGCGAUCAAGUCUGCAAAGAGAGGGGCGGCAGCCAAGGCUGAUGAGGAAGGUCAAAGUGAACGUCUCAUUCGGCUUCAGACUCUGCGUCGCAUACUGCCCAACGUGCACGUCCUGGGUCAUCCUCUAGCAACUAGAGCAGUGGUCAUGGCAGAAGACGAUCCAAGGUCAGACGAGAUCAAGGCCAUGCGUAGGUCUUUGGCACAGGCGGUGAAGGCCGAGCAGGCUGAUUCUAGCGCCGACGCUGAAGUCAAAAACGAAGCCAUGGGGGGAACAGGCGAUGUUCCCUCCGACCUGUCCUCAAAAAUCAAAGUCGAGGAGCCAACGCCAUCCGUUUCCCUCCAUGCCGUGCCGCAAAAAGACACUGCACCUGUGCAAAUGCACAAAGUCAUGGUCGAAGGCUACGGUCUCCGCUAUUGUAUGAACACCGAAGGUGUCGACCCCUAUCAUACCGAAACGAACUCUGUGAUGGAAACUCUUCAGGUCCUCGGCAUCGAAGCCGCCCGCUCCAAAAUCAUCACUGAAAUCCAAGAAGUUACCAAAGGUCUCUCGAUCGAUCCGCGUCAUAUGUAUCUGUUGGCCGACGUGAUGACCUACAAAGGCGAGGUGUUGGGCAUCACGCGUUUCGGGCUGGCCAAAAUGCGUGACUCGGUGUUACAGCUGGCCAGUUUCGAGAAGACGGCCGACCACGUCUUUGAUGCCGGGGCGGCAGGCAAGGUCGACCGGAUCGAGGGAGUCAGCGAGAGUGUGAUCGUCGGCAAAACCAUGGGCGUGGGCACCGGGAGCGUCGAGGUUGUGAGGUAUUUGAACCUUGGCGCUAAUGUCUCAAGCAAGACAGGGGCGUUGAAGAAGAAAGCCUGUAUUUUCGAGGACAGUUGGGAGAAGGCGGCCAGGAAGGAGAGGAUGAGAAGAUGA